GGACAGGCUUCUCAGGCCCGGCGACCGAGCGGCAUAGAUCGGGCACAGAGCGUCUUCCCUGGGGAGGCAGGUGUUGAGUGUUUUUGGGGUCUUCAGGGGAGCCCCGGAGAACCGGUGUAACUGCUUCCCCGGGAGAGGCCUCAGGGCCUGUCCUGGAAGCACGGGUGCCAGAGAGUGUUUUCGCGGGGUGGGGGCAGCCCUGUCCUCUCUCCCUACUGGGUGCCCGAGAUAGCGCUGCCUUGCGGGAAUCGCCCCUCAGUGAUUCUUCGUCGUAGUCUUUGUUUAGUGGCCUAGUCCUGAGAAGGGAGCACACGGGAUGGAGUGGGGUAACCUCUUCCAGGACCACAAAGCCGGGAGCCCAACCCCCAUUUUUAACGUUGAGCUCUGAAGCUGCUUUGACUAGACGUGAAGUUGUCACACCCAGAGAAGCGCCCAUGGCCUAGGGAAAGACGUUUGUGAUCCAGACUUGCUCGUUUACAUUUGACUUAUUCCCGUGGAAAUUCAUAAAGCGUUCUAUAUUAGUUGCUGAGUUUAACACCUUCUCUGGACACUCCUCAUAUAAUCUUAUUUUUGGCCCAACUUCUUUUGUAAGGUCCCAUUCUUUACCUCAUUUAGAUAAAUCAGAUAGGCCUUUCUUGCUUGAUUCAUGAACAACUCAAUUAUAAGCACACCACGUGAAGAUUAGAUGUAAUUAGGACCUGUUCAAUGUCUUUACAUCCCAGUCCUUCUGUACGCCUAACCUUAAGCAAAUUGCUCAACCUCUAUAGGUCUAAGUAUUCUGUGUGUAAUAUGAAAGCUUUGAAUUAGGCCACCUUUCCGGCUUGUUUUUUAAAACGUGUCUGUGAUUCUGUGAAUUCCAACUCUUCACCUUUUAAAUCCACUUUCCAUCUCUCCAGAGGAAAGGGCAUUGAGAGGAGAGGGAACAAGUCCCUUUCACUAAAGCAGCCUGGUUUGAAAAAGCUGGUAAUCUCUGAACUGUCUCUUCCUUGAACGAGACGAUCUCCCUCUCAACUACCUUUUUCUCCUUGUGAUAGCAACAGAAACCAAGCAGCAACAGCCCUUGGAAAGAGGCUAAAUUUUUCUUGACUUCUGCAGCGACAAAGACCGUGAAAAGUUGGCAUUUCUGGCCUAACGCUGCCAUCAUCCUACCCCUCACGCCAGGGCAACCCAGGCUGGACAUUUAGUGCCUCCCUCUUUACUUCUCUGUGAUCAUCCAGAUCAGCACUUGACUGUUUAUUUUCAAAUCUCACGAACCUCACCCCAAGAUCUUCACAUUCUGGUUCUCAGCUACUCUUGAAGGACAGUGACUUGUUACCACCACAGCAGCAGAGCCUGCCAUCCCCAACAGAUCUCCAGUUGUCCCUGACAUCGUGCCCUACCUUCCCUCCUUUUGUGGUCUCCUAAAUGCCGAUUUCGUUGACCUUGGUUCGGCUGGUGGUAUGGAGGGGUGCUGCCUAGCACUGACCUGAGAGUGUGUGUGACCCACUGACCCAAUGGACAUCAAAGGCCAGUUCUGGAAUGAUGACGACUCGGAGGGAGAUAAUGAAUCAGAGGAAUUUCUCUAUGGAGUUCAGGGAAGCUGUGCAGCUGACCUGUAUCGACACCCACAGCUUGAUGCAGACAUUGAAGCCGUGAAGGAGAUCUACAGUGAGAACUCUGUAUCCAUCAGAGAAUAUGGAACUAUCGAUGACGUGGACAUUGACCUCCACAUCAACAUCAGCUUCCUCGAUGAGGAAGUCUCUACAGCCUGGAAGGUCCUCCGGACAGAACCUAUUGUGUUGAGGCUGCGAUUUUCUCUCUCCCAGUACCUAGAUGGACCAGAACCAUCAAUUGAGGUUUUCCAGCCAUCAAAUAAGGAAGGAUUUGGGCUGGGUCUUCAGUUGAAAAAGAUCCUGGGUAUGUUUACAUCUCAACAAUGGAAACAUCUGAGCAACGAUUUCUUGAAGACCCAGCAGGAGAAGAGGCACAGUUGGUUCAAGGCAAGUGGUACUAUCAAGAAGUUCCGAGCUGGCCUCAGCAUCUUUUCACCCAUCCCCAAGUCUCCCAGUUUCCCUAUCAUACAGGACUCCAUGCUGAAAGGCAAACUAGGUGUACCAGAGCUUCGGGUUGGGCGUCUCAUGAACCGUUCCAUCUCCUGUACCAUGAAGAACCCCAAAGUGGAGGUGUUUGGCUACCCUCCCAGCCCCCAGGCAGGUCUCCUGUGCCCUCAGCACGUGGGCCUCCCUCCCCCAGCACGGACCUCUCCUUUGGUCAGUGGUCACUGCAAGAACAUUCCCACUCUGGAGUAUGGAUUCCUUGUUCAGAUCAUGAAGUAUGCAGAGCAGAGGAUUCCAACAUUGAAUGAGUACUGUGUAGUGUGUGAUGAGCAGCAUGUCUUCCAAAAUGGAUCUAUGCUGAAGCCAGCUGUCUGUACUCGUGAACUAUGUGUCUUCUCCUUCUACACACUGGGCGUCAUGUCCGGAGCUGCAGAGGAGGUGGCCACUGGAGCAGAGGUGGUGGAUCUGCUGGUGGCCAUGUGUAGGGCAGCUUUAGAGUCCCCUAGAAAGAGCAUCAUCUUUGAGCCUUAUCCCUCUGUGGUGGACCCCACUGAUCCCAAGACUCUGGCCUUUAACCCUAAGAAGAAGAAUUAUGAGCGGCUUCAGAAAGCUCUGGAUAGUGUGAUGUCCAUUCGGGAGAUGACCCAGGGCUCAUAUUUGGAAAUCAAGAAACAGAUGGACAAGUUGGAUCCCCUGGCCCAUCCUCUCCUGCAGUGGAUCAUCUCUAGCAACAGGUCACACAUUGUCAAACUACCUCUCAGCAGGCAGCUGAAGUUCAUGCACACCUCACACCAGUUCCUCCUGCUGAGCAGCCCUCCUGCCAAGGAGGCUCGGUUCCGGACCGCCAAGAAGCUCUAUGGCAGCACCUUUGCCUUCCAUGGGUCCCACAUUGAAAACUGGCAUUCGAUCCUGCGCAAUGGGCUGGUCAAUGCAUCCUACACCAAACUGCAGCUGCAUGGAGCAGCCUAUGGCAAAGGCAUCUACCUGAGCCCCAUCUCCAGUAUUUCCUUUGGAUACUCAGGAAUGGGAAAAGGACAGCACAGGAUGCCCUCCAAGGAUGAGCUGGUCCAGAGAUAUAACAGGAUGAAUACCAUCCCCCAGACCCGAUCCAUUCAGUCAAGGUUCCUGCAGAGUCGGAAUCUAAACUGUAUAGCACUUUGUGAAGUGAUUACAUCUAAGGACCUCCAGAAGCAUGGGAACAUCUGGGUGUGCCCUGUAUCCGACCAUGUCUGCACAAGGUUCUUCUUUGUAUAUGAGGAUGGUCAGGUGGGCGAUGCCAACAUUAAUACUCAGGACCCCAAGAUACAGAAGGAAAUCAUGCGUGUGAUCGGAACUCAGGUUUACACAAACUGAGGGGGCCCCAGCCCUCGUACCACCCCUGUUACCCCAGGAUCCAUCUGCCCUUAUAAAAGUGUUCAGGUACAGCAACUGAGGCUGCCCUGAGGAAUCAAGGGGCCAUUACCAAGGGGCAGGAAAAGGAUAUAUAAGAGGUGGCCUCCAUGGUGGAGCUUGACCAAGAACUACUCCACAUUUGGAUGGCCCAGACUGGCUUCAACCCCUGACUUUCCCUUUGACUUCACCCUGUUUGUAAAUAAAACAAUAAAAUGGAAGGUGCUGUGGACUGGA